AUGCAGCCAGAAGAGGACAUGGAAGCGGCCGUCGAAAAGAGCCCCGGCCGCGUCUCCCUCGAACCGCUCCCGACCGGCCCCCGCAGCGAGCCCAACACCACCCCCGGCGACAUCACUGCCACCACCGCCACCGACGCCGCUGAAUACCGGCGACUCAUCCGGAAGCUGGACCUCCGGCUCCUCCCACCUCUCUUCGUCCUGUGGUUCAUCUCACUCAUCGACCGCGUCAACAUCGGCGCCGCGCGCCUGCAAGGCCUCGAGCGCGACCUCGGCAUCGACCCGCGCUCCUCCGGCUUCAACCUCGCCGCCGUCGUCGUCUUCGCCGGGCUCGUCCUCGCCGAGGUACCCAGCAACUAUCUCCUCCGGCGCCUCCCGCCCCCGGCCGUGCUGUGCGGCGAGUGCCUCGCCCUCGGCGCCGUCACCGCCGCCCAGGGCCUCGUCCGCAACCUCCCCGCGCUCGUCGCCCUGCGCACCCUCGUCGGCGUCCUCGAGGCCGGCCUGAUCCCGGGAAGCGUCUUCCUGCUGGCCGCGUACUAUCCGCGGUACGAGCUGCAGUGGCGCCUGAGCGCGCUGCACGUCGGCAACGCGGCGUCCAACGCGCUCGGCGGGCUGCUGGCCUACGCGGUCGCGGGGAUACACUCGUCCAACGGCUAUAGUGGGUGGCGCUGGAUCUUCAUCGUCGAGGGGCUGGCGACCAUGGUCGUGACGUGCGCGUGCUGGCCGUUUAUGAGCGGCUGGCCGAAGCAGGCGCGGUGGCUGGCAGACGGUGAGCGGGAGAUACUCGAGGAGCGCAUCAGGGCGGACGGCGGCAUCGGGCGCAUGGACGUGCUGGACCGCCGGGCCGUGGUACGCUGCGUGACGGACUGGAAGGUGUACGCCGGCGGGCUGCUCAUCGUCGGCGACAUCUCCUCCGUGUACUCGAUCACGCUCUUCGCGCCGACCAUCGUCGCGGCCCUCCGCCCUGCCACCGCCACCGCGCGCGAGAUCCAAGCGCUCGUCAUCCCCAUCUUCGUCGCCGCCGCCGCCUGGACGCUCGCCAUCGCCUACGCCUCCGACCGGCUACGUCACCGCGCCGGCUUCGCCCUCCUCGGGUGCGUGGUGGCGCUGGCCGGGUACGCGGUGUUGCUGACCGAGGACAGCCCGGGUGCCCGGUACGGCGCGUUGUAUUUGGUGGCGGCGGGCUCGUUCGGGGUGCUGCCGAGCGCGUGGGUGCUUCUGCUCAACAACGUCGCGGGCGCGUACAAGACGGCGUUCGCGGUGGGCAUGCAAAUCGGCCUAGGCAACGCGGGCGGCUUCGUGGCUUCGCUGGCGUUCCAGGCGCGCACGGCGCCGCGGUACCGCAUGGGGUUCCGGCUGUGCGGCGGGCUGAUGGGCGUGGCGUUUCUGACGGUGUGCGUCUACGUGGCCGGGCUGUGGUGGGAGAAUCGCCGGAAGAGGGCGGGCAAGCGGGAUCACCUGCUGGAGGAGGAGGGUGACAACUUGGGCGACGCGCACCCGCGGUUCAUAUACACGUACUAG